GGAUAAAGCAGCAGCCUGGUGCUUUUUAUUUUAUUAUCCGGGAAAUCCGUCUUACCGCAACACUGGUUAGGUAGUGCUGUAGUUCCUCUGUCGGUUGUAAGAAUCACGCAGGCCUUAUCCGUUUCCAUCUGUAGUUUGUUCUUCCUUUUCUUUAGGUAGUCGACAUGGCCCCAUCAACGAAGUCAGCGAUUUUCUGCUCUGAUGAGGACAUCAUGGUUGAUAUGGUGAUUGCUGCGAGCCAGAUGAAGGGGACAACAGCUCUUCCGUCCUACGGACGCGAACUUGUGCCAUACUUCGUUCCAGGCUUCACUAACUUGACUGAGGAUGCGGUUAAUAUCAAUACGGACGUGGAUGCUAUUAGGAGGAAUGGAGCAAGUGUUCUUGAGAUUCCUCAACCAGCCACUGUAGUCGGCGGCGUGCGGAAAGGUCGUGGCAACGCUCGGAGAUCUCCCAAGAAGAACAGGUCUCGACAUGGAUCUCCUAACACUGAUACUCAAGCUCGGUACACGAAUAACGGUGCCUCUGCACCCGGCGUGGCGGUUAAUUCCUCAGCAACCAGCUACUCCGCGCCUGCUCCUGGAGCUCCCCUUCCGUCCCGCGAUGUAAUUACCCCAUCAACUUCGGAAGCGUGGGCUGGUCCUGCAUACGUGAACUCUCCUCCUCCUAGCUCGCUCCCCCUUCCCAGCUUUCUCAAGGCUCAGCUUAAGCCGAGCCCGACCAAUGUCCGCGUUUCUUCUUCGGAACCCUCUUCUCCGUUCAAGCAGUCUGCAUCUGAAUCGACUGAUUUCGUUCAAGAUAACGGCCGCGUUCCCGUGCCGUGCGCUGCCGAGCACAUGAUGGUUUACCCGAUGAAUACGUUGGUGAUUGAAGGCAACCUGAAGAGGCUCCUUCAGGUCGCUUAGAAGCUGUCUAAGAAGAUUGCAUGGCAGCGUGGUGAAAGGAUGUGUGGAUGAAGGAUUCCUGACCUCCGUAUUUAAAUUGGAGUCAGGAACGGCAAGAGCAUCUGCGGAAGUCUUUUCCUGCUGACCCGUGUCCUCACCCUCAGCUUCUCUUUCCUCUUCAGCCUCUGCUCUUUCCCUGUUUUCGCUCCUCCCCUCUAGCCCUGUAUCUCGGGCCUGUUAACCUGGUCCGUCGAGCACCGUUGCGUUUCGUACUCAGACUAUUGGUGCGUGUCGUUCGCCGUCUCGCCUGCACAUACACAUACCCGCCGUCACCUUUCUCGUCUGUCUUUCACAUGUCCUUUCGCACCUGGGGGUCUCUAAGCCAUGCAAAAUCCGGAGCAGUAUAUGACUUAAAGUUGUGGAGGUGUCUUCGAAGCUGGCUCGCUCGUUCGGCUUCGCUUUACCUGGUCUGCUAGCGCCUGAGGUCUUUCUCCGGCGCCCCUGUGUCGUUACGCUUCUGCUUGUCCCGCAAGCGUAGCACAGCUGUUGCUCUUUCUGUACGGUCGUCGCUCUUCCCGCUCUUGACGGAGAGCAGCAUCUCGGUCCGCAUGUCAGCAUCGGUCACUGAUUUCUGCCAUGGAGUGAGGAUGGAUUGUGUACCUUACUACUGGAAGUUGUGUUGGUACCGUGCUGAGAGACAAUGUCUCCAUUGCUAAUUCAGUGGCUAGUUGUGGAGACCUGUGGAAUUUUCGCAUAUCGAUAUUUUACGUUCUGGAAUUAAUAUGAUGCUGAGAAUGAUGGAUCUCUUGCUUGACUGGGUGUCCAUGAUAGCCUCUUGCGUACUGUCCUGUCACGUGCGCUUAGAAUUCUGUGGCCAGCGGGAAACCCUACCUACAGUAAUUAGAGUG